AUGGCUCAGAAAUCCGUGCCACGUAGCUGUCGGAUGUCUGUGGCCAUUCUUAACUGGCCUUGUGCCGUGCUUUCUAAGGUGAGGGGCCCUCCAGCUGCAGGGGCAUUUAAAGAAAGGCCAACCAAGCCCACGGCAUUCCGAAAAUUUUAUGAGCGUGGAGACUUCCCAAUCGCCCUUGAGCACGACUCGAAAGGAAACAAAAUUGCCUGGAAGGUAGAAAUCGAGAAGCUGGAUUACCACCAUUACCUGCCUCUGUUUUUUGAUGGGCUUUGUGAAAUGACAUUUCCCUAUGAGUUUUUCGCUCGGCAAGGAAUCCACGACAUGCUGGAACACGGGGGGAACAAGAUUCUACCUGUCAUUCCCCAGCUCAUUAUCCCGAUAAAAAAUGCCUUGAACCUCCGGAACCGGCAGGUCAUCUGCGUCACGCUCAAGGUCCUCCAGCAUCUGGUUGUGUCGGCAGAGAUGGUGGGCGAAGCCCUGGUGCCCUACUACCGCCAGAUCCUCCCCAUCCUGAACAUCUUUAAGAACAUGAAUGUGAACUCCGGGGACGGCAUCGACUACAGCCAGCAGAAGAGGGAGAACAUUGGCGACCUGAUCCAGGAGACCCUGGAAGCCUUCGAGCGCUAUGGCGGGGAGGAUGCCUUCAUCAACAUCAAGUACAUGGUGCCCACCUACGAGUCGUGCUUGCUGAACUGACAGGGCAGCCGCGGGAGGGGUUCUCCCUGGUGCCACAAUCCUCUCUCCCUGCUGCUCCUAGCAUCUCGUUACUUGUGGCUUCUACAGCUCUUUUUCUACAGCUGCAAACAUAGCAGCUUCUGGGCCGAUGACUGUUAGCCCUAUUGAGAGCGAGGCUUUCCGAUACAUAAAUAGUGCCUGUUUCUUAGAUUACAAUAGUGUACUGUGCUUAUUUUUCCACAAGGAGAAUUGCUUCUUUAUCCAGCUCAGAUGAAGGCAGGAGUCCGCGUUAAACCUUCAGUUGUAGAGACAAUAAAACUAUAAUUUUCA